AUGCGCUCUUCCCUCCCUCUCUACACUCAACUCGCGGCUCUCGCUCUCCUCUUCCUCGCCAUCGUACCGACGGCGCGCGCCACGGGAUCCGUCUUUGACAUUAUCGACAACCUGUUCGACAACGUCAUACAUCCUCCCGCGAACGCCCAGCCGGUCAAGGGUACCACCAACGCUUGCAAAUGUCUCCAGUCCAUCAGCCUGCCCAACUUUAAAGGGUACCUGACCACCGAUGAGGUCGACAAGAACGGCGACUUGAACCUCGAUCUGACCUACAACGUUGGACAAUGCAAGAACAGGCAGAUCACCGUCAAGCUCGUGGACCCAAAGAAGGGACAAUCGGUCAGCUGCUGCAAGAAUCCAAGGGAGAAAUUCCAGGCCGACUUUUUCUACGGUUACGAUGGCAAGAACAGCGAGCUUGAUCUGUCUAUCUACCUUGGUGGUGGACCUGGCAAGAACAAGUGUGAGAAGAAGACCAAGGAUGUUUGUACCCCAAAGACCGUCGGGCAGAAGUUCCAAUUCGAGAUCUCCGUCGCGGGAUGCAAUCAGAAGAAGGUGUUCGAGUUCGGAUGCGUCGCCAACCCCACCCCCUCUCACAUCAAGCAUAUCAAGGCCAGGAGCGAAGCGAUUUUGGGAUUGCCUCCUCGUCAUUUCCGCUGCCCUGCAGGCGGUCGAGUUUGUCCCGUCGCUGGCACCGGCGCUACCAAGCAAUGGGAAUGCGUCCAGGACAACGAUAUCGAGUCUUGCGGUGGUUGUCCCGGUACCGAGGACGCUCAAGACUGCACCGAUAUUGCCGGAGUCUCCGCUGUUCAGUGCAUGAACAAGACGUGUAUCGUCGCCAAGUGCAUCAGGGGCCAUACUCUCGUUGACAACGAGUGUGUAAAGGAUGUCGACUUGGUACGCCAGCAGAACAAGUACGCGCUCUAG